CGUAUUAGUGUAUCUGCGUUUUUCUGUGAGCCCUCACUAAAGAUGGCGGCGCCCGUGGGGCCGAUCCGGUUCUGGAAGCCGGGCACAGAGGGCCCAGGGGCUAGCCUUGCAGAGGAGAGGCAGAGUAAUGCUGAAGUCACCUCAGUCAUUUAUAACCCACAUGCUUCUCUGUCAAUUGAACAGCAGCGGCAGAAGCUGCCUAUCUUUAAGCUUAGAAAUCACAUUCUGUACUUGGUUGAGAAUUACCAGACUGUGGUGAUUAUUGGGGAGACAGGAUGUGGGAAAAGCACACAGAUUCCACAGUACUUGACGGAAGCUGGAUGGACUGCUGAAGGGAGGGUGGUGGGUGUAACUCAGCCUCGUAGGGUGGCAGCUGUUUCGGUUGCUGGGCGAGUGGCAGAGGAGCGUGGUGCUUUACUGGGACAUGAAGUUGGCUACUGCAUACGUUUUGAUGACUGUACUGAUCCACAGGCCACACGUAUCAAGUUUCUUACAGAUGGAAUGCUUGUGCGAGAAAUGAUGUCUGACCCACUGCUCACCAGAUACAGUGUGCUGAUGUUAGAUGAAGCUCAUGAGCGGACCCUUUACACAGAUAUUGCUAUUGGCCUGCUCAAAAAGGUUCAGAAAAAGCGAGGGGAUCUACGACUGAUUGUGGCCUCUGCAACACUAGAUGCGGAGAAAUUCAAGGCUUUCUUUAAUCAAAAUGACACAGCCGACCCCAGCAGAGACACUUGUGCUAUCCUGACUGUGGAAGGAAGAACCUUUCCUGUUGAUAUAUUCUAUACUCAGAGCCCAGUCCCAGAUUACUUAAAGUCCACAGUGCAGACUGUGAUGAAGAUUCAUCAGAGUGACAUGGAGGGAGACAUUCUCGCUUUCCUAACAGGCCAGGAGGAGGUUGAGAGUGUUGUAUCCAUGUUGGUGGAGCAAGCACGUGUUCUGUCUCGCUCAGGCAUGAAGAAGCACAUGCGUAUUCUCCCUAUGUACGCAGGGCUCCCAGCAUCUGAACAGAUGAAGGUGUUUGAGAGGGUUUCCCAUAACAUCAGGAAGGUGGUGGUUGCUACAAACAUCGCUGAGACGUCCAUCACUAUAAAUGGGAUCUCCUUCGUCAUAGAUUGUGGCUUUGUCAAGCUUAGGGCGUAUGAUCCUAAACGAGCAGUGGAGUCCCUGGUACUGGUUCCGGUUUCACAAGCCUCAGCUAAUCAGAGAGCAGGACGUAGUGGGAGGAAUCGCUCUGGGCAAUGCUACCGGCUUUAUACAGAGGAAGAUUUUCAGAAGUUGCCUCCAUCCACAGUACCAGAAAUGCAGCGCAGCAAUCUGUCACCAGUGAUCCUGCAGCUGAAGGCACUUGGCAUUGACAAUGUUCUACGUUUCCAUUUCCUGUCGCCACCUCCUGCGCAGUCAAUGGUUCAGGCCCUGGAGUUGCUGUAUGCAUUAGGAGGACUGGAUAAACACUGUCGCCUCACUGAACCACUUGGAGUAAGAAUGGCUGAGUUCCCUCUUAACCCCAUGUUUGCAAAGAUGUUGCUAGAGUCCGGAAAUUUCGGUUGCUCGGCAGAGAUUUUAAGCAUUGCAGCAAUGAUGCAGAUUCAGAAUGUUUUUGUUGUUCCCCCCAACCAGAAAGCUCAAGCGACCAGAGAGCACCGUAAAUUUGCUGUGGAAGAAGGAGAUCACCUCACCAUGCUAAAUGUGUUUGAGGCCUUUAUCAAGUUUAAUAAGAGCUCCCACUGGUGUCAGCAACACUUUCUCAACUACAAGGGGCUGAUGAGAGCAGUGACUGUGAGAGAACAGCUGAAGAAACUUCUGAACAAGUUUAAAGUAGCCAAGAAUUCCAGUGAAGGAGACCCAGAUCCCAUCCUGCGAUGCAUUGUGGCGGGAUUCUUUGCCAACGCUGCCAAGCUCCAUUCCACAGGGGUGUACAGGACAGUACGGGAUGGACAUGAAUUGCACAUUCACCCAACAUCUGUGCUAUAUGCAGAAAAACCUCCAAACUGGGUGCUGUUUAGCGAGGUUAUCCAGACAAGUAAAUAUUACAUGCGAGACGUGACAUCCGUUGAGUCGGCCUGGCUUCUGGAGCUUGCACCGCACUUCUACCAGCAGGGGACGCAUCUCUCACGAUCCUCUAAACGAGUCAAGUUGGACAAUUUGUGAGUCUUCUCAUACCCUGGCACAGCCAUCACUUAUGGAGAACCCUCUCAGCGAUCUUGGACUUCUCUAUAUUUGGCCUUUUGCCCUGGAGCAUCUCGCUGUAUACUUUCCCUGAAAUAAGAACGAGGACCUCCUGUUGCUCUGCAGGACAGCACCUUGCAUUAUCACUGUGUUACGCCCAAAGCCCGGGAUUGGUUGCCACUCUGCACCCUCCCCCUCCUAGGCACAUCUCAAGACAUUUAUAUAUAUAUUUAUGUAUAUCAGAAAGCUGUUUUAUUUUUUUAAGUUUUAAAUGAUGGACAAAAGGUAAUGUGGGAACUUGAAGGUUGCCAGUGUUAUCCUUUAUCACCUCAGUGCCGUAGCUAUGCCAUGGUGGCAUUCAUCUUUGUUAUAGGCUUGUAUGCACCAUUUCAGCACUUGCAAUCACCCGUCAGCACCAUUCUAGUGCAUCCAGUUUCAAUGCAAGCCUCCCACCCGUCUGUUAGCAGUAAAAAGGCCUAUCUACCCUGCCACAGCUGGCAGGGGCUAGUAAUGCCAUUCUUUGGUGCCACAUAGAUGCUGCUCCUUCUACCCUUUCCCACUGCUUGUAAAUAUCACUACAUUGUUAAAGAAAAAAAAAAAAGACAAUAAAACCAGUCAGUACCUCAA